AUGGAUAAUAUAUUUAAUUAUAAUAAAAAACAUUUGAAUGAAGACUAUUACCAGAUAUUGGGCUGUGAUAGCAGUUCAUCGUACGAACAGAUAGUAUGCGAGUAUAAGAAACGGGCGCUUCUGUUACAUCCAGACAAACACGACAACAACGAAGACCACAAUGACAUCAAUAGUCAAGAAUUGAUGGAAAAUCAGUUCAAACAAUUGGUUAGGGCUAAGAAUAUAUUAACUGAUCCGGAUAUGAGACAGUCGUACGAUAAGUGGAGAACUAGCGGUAUGGCCAUCAGUUUUGACGAUUGGAAACGAUUGGGUGCAGCCAUACAUGUGUCGAUGCAUUGGAGAAAUAAUCGGCAAAAAGAUUUGAUGAUAACAAGUGAUGACCACAAGUCGUGUGGCUCGUCGUCGUCGUCGGCCAGUGUUGUCCACAACGAUCGGUCAACAGUCGUCUGGAACAGUGUCGGUGAUAAUGAUUUGCUCAGAAAAUUUAGAAAUUAUGAAAUUUAA